AUGGGAUUAAGGAAAUUAAUGGCCGGCCUUUCUCGUAAUACUGGCCUUUCAUGGGCGAGACUAAGAUCAAGACGAGAUCAACCCUCAGGAUCAUAUAAUAAGCUCAACGAAUCCACCGAUGAUGAAAGGAAAACAAUUGCUACCAAUACACCGAUUGCAAUGGUUGAAGGAUCGGGGAGAAAUUUAAAGAUAAUGUCGUUACUUGGUUUAUUCCUGAUAUCUCUAAUUACAAUGGCAAACUUCCUUCGAUCAUUCAAAGGUGCUGAUACCCCACAAUGUCAACCAAUUUAUAUGUACCCUGCAUAUGCAAGAAUAGAUGGAUUUGAUACAAGAUACACGCCGUUAGCAAAGAAAUACCACCUAUAUCUGUAUAGAGAGCAAGACCAGGAUAAAGAACCAUUAGAUGAAAACGCCCUACAACUUGAUGGUGUUCCUGUUUUGUUCAUUCCUGGAAACGCUGGUAGUUUUAGACAAGUGAGAUCUAUUGCAUCAGCAUGUUCUAACCUUUACUAUCGCUCCUUCGAGAACAUUAAAAACAAGCAAACAAGAAAUCUCGACUUCUUCACAGCAGAUUUCAAUGAGGAUUUCACUGCUUUCCAUGGAGGGACUAUGCUUGAUCAGGCCGAAUACCUAAACGAUGCUAUCAGCUAUAUUCUCUCCUUGUAUGAACAGUCAACAGCUUAUGGCUCAAGGACUUUGCCAAAAUCGGUGAUUAUUGUAAGUCAUUCCAUGGGUGGUAUGGUGGCUCGUGUCAUGCCAACUUUAGAAAACCAUAUAGCCGGUUCUAUAAAUUCAAUAUUAACACUAUCCACUCCCCAUGCAGCUUCCCCAGUUACGUUUGAUGGGGAUAUCUUGAAAAUUUACAAGAAAACUAAUGACUAUUGGAGAGGUCAAUUUGGAAAUAAAGAGUCAUUCUUCUCGAAAAAUGUCUCUUUGAUUUCAAUUACUGGUGGGGUUUCGGAUAAUGUCCUACCUGCUGAUUAUGCCGCUGUUGCUGAUCUAAUUCCUCCUGGAAAUGGUUUCACAACUUUCACUACGACGAUUCCAGGAGUUUGGAGCCCUAUCGAUCAUUUAGCUAUCGUGUGGUGUAACCAAUUAAGAGUAGUACUUGCAACAUUGUUGUUAGAAUCGGUUGAUGACCACCUGGCAGAGAAGACCAAACCAUUAUUGGAAAGAAUGCACCUGUCAAAAUCGUUAUUGCUGUCUGGUUUUGAGGAUUACAGUAUGGAUAUAAAUACUAUUGCUAAUCCAAGAAAAUCAUUCAGAAAUAUGGACACUGAUUUUUCAAGUGGUGUCGACAUAAUUGAGCCAGAUCAACUACUUCUGAUCAACAAAGAAAACCAGGGAGAUACAGGAAAGUUUAUCAAAAUAUUAAUUCCUCCAACAGGGGAACAGAUGUCCUUUACUUUGGUAACGUCAUUGGAUAGCCCUUCUGUACGCUUCUGCAAGGAGUACGUUCAAACUCAAAAUGUCAAAGAUUUAAAGUGCAUAUCUGCAGAUGAGCAGAUGGUUACAGUUCCUAAUUCUUCGAAUUUAGUUAGCUAUGCUGCCGAUUCUUCUAUUGACUCGAAACUAAAACCGUUUCAUCUAUUAAAUUUUGAGGAAGAUGUAUUAUCACAAUAUGAUUUUAUAAUAAUUGAAAAAGAUAUGAAGGCAUUUGAACAAGAAAAUACGUUUCUCACUGCGGUGGUGUCUACCACAAGGGAUGAAAAGAUAGCUCAUGUAUCGCCCUGGAAGUUGGCAGUGUCUGACAUUAAGUUUAAACUUAAAUCAGACAUAGUAGCAAUUGAAACAUUACGAUUUUCGAACCUAUGGGACUCAUUGAUCGCAUAUAAGUUAGAAACAGUAAUUAGCUCAUCUUCUGGUCCAGACCCUUUUAUUUUUGAACCAUUUAUCAGACAAUGGGUUGUAGAGCCAUUCGAAUCUAAAUGGCAUAUGAACAUUGAAGAAUCCAAAAUUGAUGUAACUUUCCACAAUAUUGCACCAUUUAUACCGUUGAAUGAAACACUCCGUAGGCCAUUGGAGUUUUCAGUAAUAAUUCCACCGAAUAUUGAACUUGAACUUAAAGUGAAAAUCAACUGGACUUUGACAUUAAAAAUGUUAUUCAUCAGGUACAGACUAGGUAUUGCCAGUUUGCCUAUAUGCUUCAUUGCAUUAACAUUGGCAUAUCAAUUUUAUUAUUUCAAUAAGACGUCUACUUUUAUAUCCUUCGAUGCCGCCGUAUCGUUACUGCUUCAAAAUUGGGGACCUGCCGCUAUGAUAAUAUUGUAUCUAUUAAGCCCAAUGAUAAAUAACACGUUUGUUGAGAGGAUACUUUAUAUACUAGACCCUGUUAAAUUAAAUCGUCCAUUCUUAUUAGAGAAAGAAAAGGUUCAUACUAAUUUUUACUUUCUGGGAAUUAGAAGCUGUUUCUCGGCAGUUUUGGGUCCUCUUUUUGGUUUAAUGAGUGUAUCAUUGGUUUCUUUAUUAUACUUAGGUCUACAACUAGUGGAAUUAUUGGUUAAGAAAGUUUCAAGGAAACAAGUCUCUAGGUUAGUUACCUCUUCCCAAGACGAGAUAACCGACCCAUCGAAGAUUAAUAGAAAACUAUUCCAAAAAAAGCAUUUAAUAAUAGCAUUAUUUUUGAAUGUGGCUGUUAUAUUUUACAUUCCUUAUCAAUUGGCCUUCGUUAUUGCUGUAUUAAUGCAAAUUGGUACGUGUGUUAGAAUUGCAUUUGUCAAAAAUAUUGAUAACUCAAGGUACUAUUCAAACCUAAGAAAUUAUAACUUAUCUAUUUUGGUUUUGCUUUUAAUGGUCAUGACUAUAAAUAUACCAAUAAUUAUUGUAUUUCUACACAAUGUUUCUAUUAAAUGGGAAACAUCUUUCAGAUCACAUCACAAUUUUUUGGCGAUUGCACCAAUUAUUAUCUUAGUUGCAUCUAAUGCAAACUUCAAUAUGCCAACUAGAAUUCCCAACAAUUCAGUAGAUAGCCUAAUUACCAUUGGCUUACUGAGUUACAUGGGGUUCUUUAGUUUGGUCUAUGGGCUAAGAAACCUUUAUUGGGUUCAUCAUCUCCUCAAUAUUUUAUGCGCAUGGUUCUUCUAUGGUAUCUUAAGGAAAAAGAUCUCAAGUAACUAA